CAAGUCGCGUCUAUCUCUAGGUAGCGGACCGAGGUCUCUUUCGGCAGAUUUUGAAUCGUCCUUCAGAAUGGCCUUUUCGUUUGGUUCAGGCUCGUCCCAAGCUGCUGGUGGAAAAGUGACCACGGGAGCAGAGCUUCAGGAAAUCGAAACUCAGGUAUGCAUACUUAUUACAUAGCCAUAGGUAUAUGUCAAAGUACAUGGCGGCUAACGCGAAGAUGUGUGUAGCAAAUCGGGUUUCUGUCUAUUGGACACAAUGCAAAACUUAAACUGCUUCCUACUCCCUGGCCAGAAGACUCAUUACCCGCGCCUACCUCUUCGCUAUUGAGCGUCACGUCGAUAAAAGGGCUGCUUGCGGCUGCGGGUCCGGAAGGAAUAGCGAUUGCGCGCACUGAUUCUGUUAGGAAGGCGUAUGCGAGCGAGCCUGUGGAUGGUAGUGAUGUCAGAACUUUCCAACCAGAGCUUCAAAUACCACUUCCUAAGAGGGCGUCUCAUCUCGCAUUUUCUGCAGAUGGUAGCGCCUUGGUGGUGGCAGUUGAGGGCGGCGAUGCAUUGGCCAUAUAUGAUGUCUCGGGACUACUACAGGGGAGGACACAGCCAACAGCUACCCUCAAUAUAAACGGUGCGACACUGCGAGCUCUGGCCGCCAACCCAAACCCGGAUACAUCUGAGUUAUUUGCGGCUGUUACAAUGAACGGCGAACUGUUAAUCGCCAAUUUGAAAACGAAUCAACUCGUUUCAAGCUCGGCAGGACCUGUGUUGAAAUCCGGUGUCAGCUCUGUCUGCUGGAGUAAUAAAGGCACUCAGCUGGUAGCUGGUUUGGGAGAUGGAAAUGCAUAUCAGGUAAAACCAGAUGGGGAAAAACAGGCGGAUAUACCCAGAGCUCCGGAGAUUGGGAGUGAUCAUCAUGUAUCUACUAUCUUGUGGCUGGCAAACCACGUAUUUUUUGUUGUUUAUACUCCAACCAAUAUGCCUGAUGGCCCGCCGUCGGCAUCUAAUUAUUAUAUAGCCACAAGAAAGCCUCCGGACCAGUAUGAGUUCAGAAAGUUACCCGAAGUUAGUCCCCCAUUCGGAUUGGCAAGGCACCCUGCAUACCAGUUCACGGCCCGUAUGAGAGAUUUUGAGCCACACCUGAAGGAAGCAUUGAUCAUUGCAUCUACUGCUUCAACUGAUAUUGGAUUGAUCACACAAUCCACUGCAGACGGCGUACCGACAUUCGCAACUCUUACAAUGGCUGAUGAUUCCCGGAGAGCAGUGCUUCCCAUGACGGAAGAUAUGAACGAUACAUCCCCCAUUGGAAUGUGCCUGGACCUUUCGAGCAGAGAUAGUGUUAUUUCUCCCGUCCCUGGAGAUGAGGAAAUUAAAGAAUCUUCAUCCCCGCUUCCUGCACUUUUGGUGCUUACAAAUGAUGGAAUGCUGUCGUCCUGGUGGUUUGUGCAUACCGAGUCAAUUAAACAGCAAAAACCAUACAGCGGCCUAGUCGCAGUGAACUCCAAAGGACAGCAAAGCCGACCCCAGGUUACCUCUGCCCAGCCAGCGGUGACGACGACUACCCCAGCUAAAUCUCCAUUUGGACAAGCCGGCUUUGGCCAGCCCACGGUCGGUAAGCCAGCCACACCAAGCUUCGGCAUGAGCUCAACUUUAGGCAUGCAAAGCAAGCCGGCGUUUGGUUCGCCUUCUCCUCUAGGAUCAUUUUCUCAAACUCCAGGUGGUUCUAGUACCACGCUUGGAUUUGGCUCAACUACACCACAAACUAGUGGAGGGAUCUCAUUUGGUAGCCCAGGCAAUCUCGGAAGUAAUAGCCCUGCUUUCGGCCAAACAGGGGCAUUGGGGGCUGGGAGGUCACUAUUUGGACAACCUUCUAUAGGAAGUGGCGGAUUAACAACUGGAUCUGGUUUUGCUAACAUUGCUGGGGGAGGAUUCGGAUCAUUUGCCUCUUCUGGUGGUGGCUUUGCCAGUGCCGCCCAAACAGCUGCCCCUGGUGCCAGUCCGUUCGGGAAGCCAACCCUAACAGAGAGUCCUUUUGGAAAACCCUCUUCCAAAGAAAGUCCAUUUGGACGGCCGGCCUCUACAGAGAGUCCUUUUGCAAAAGCUUCUUCCAAUGACAACCUAUUUGCAAAGGCUGGCCAGCCGUUGUUUGGAGAGCCCAGCGCGCCAACUACGACAACUCCUCCUUUCGGACAGCAAGUUAAAAAUGAAAAACCACCCACUGGUUUCGGUCUUGGGACUGGUGGUUUCACAGUGGGAUCUACAAUGAAACCGGAUACCUCAGCUGCAAUGGAUGAGGACAAACCAGAACCAUCUAGCGGGUCUUUGUCCAUGGGCGCUGCUUUCGGUGAUAUGCUUGGUGGCAUGAAGUCCAACAUUCCCAAACUGGCUACUCCAAAGGCAGCGGAGUCUUCUAUUAGCUCGACCCCUACAAGCGCGCCACCAGCCUCUAUAUUCUCGUCCCACAAACAAACCCAAUCUCAAGAUCAGAAGGCACCAUUGUUUUCGAAUCUAUUCAACGCACCACCACAGCAGGAAAAGCCUCCACCCACCGCCAAAACCACUACUCCUACCGGCUCCUUCAGCAUGAUCCCUGUGGCGAAAAAAGCACCGUCUACUCCAGGUGAACCCAUUCACUCCCCAGCAACUAUUAGAGCGGAGACACCGAAGGAGACCCCCAGGGCCACUCCUCCGACGCCGUUAGCAAAAGCAGUUGAAGCACCUCUCCCACCAGAAUCCACAAGCAAGCUUAGCUAUGCCCCUGGGGACACAUCUGCAUCUUCAUCCGGAGUUUCGCGUACAUCAAUUGAAGAUGCCCCCCUUCCCCCUGACUUUGUAAAGCCCAAAAAAGAAGAGGCCCCCAAAGAAGCUACGGACGUAUCACUUCCCGCAGAAUCUGAGGAAGGUGAUGCCGAUUUCGAAGAUAGCGGGGAGGAUGUCGGACACGAUCUAAGCCCUACGGAUGAGGCGGCAGAUCGCCGCGUACAAAGUCUAAAGACUUCACCUGAGAGCUCAUUUGGUGGAGCUCCCGACAAGAGCCCUAUGAGUGACUUGUUUACCAAGGGUAGCACUUCAGAAUUGAAGACUGGAGGAGGAAAACCGUUAUUCGGGGAGAUAUCAAAACCCAUAUUCCCACCCCCUACCUUCCCAGAGCCCCGACACCGCCUGAGCCCACGGUCACCAAGUCCCGUUCGUAGUAGAUCCGGACAUAUGCUAGCCAGGGCAGACGGCUUCAGAUCAACCAGCGCCCCUAGCGCCCCUGAUCGAGCGAUCACUCGGCGAAAAGCUACACUUGAAGGGUCCAUGCUGGCGAGGCAAGUGUCGCCAUCCAGAGACCUAGGCGAGGAUCAAGCUAAGGCUAAACGUGAAGCCGAAAAGUUAGCUGCUGAAACACAACCGCUGUGUGAAGAUGAUGAAGACGAGCAGCUGCGCGCUGACCUGGCUCGACCUAUUUCUCCAUCACCUUCUCUAGAUCCCUUCUUGCCCCAUCAGGGUUAUACCGGUGAGAGCAUGAAACCAGGGAUACCGGGGCAAAUAGAGCUGCUAUUCCGGGACAUUAAUACAAUGAUAGAUACCUUGGGAAUCAACUCCAGGUCUCUAUCUUCAUUCCUGCUUUACGAAGAGUCUGCCAAAGAAAAUGACUACAAGAGAUGGCUCAGAACCCUACGGAGUGAUAAAUGCUCUGAUUUACUCAACGAAAGACAGCUGUUGUCAGAAGUGGAUAAGCUGCGCGUCGGUGUUGAUGCCCUUGACGAAGCACUCCAGAAAGGGAGGAUUGAAGGAGUGCAGGAAAUGUUUGAUCAAUGCCAGCAACUAAUCAGCAAGGAUCUAGUGACACUGCGUGGCCAGUUUGCCAAUAUUCAAAGGACCCUUGAUGCCCAUACUGAUUCGAUUGCCAUUGCCUCUGCGCCACUAACUCCGGAGCAAGCUGCACUUCAACAGGAUCUUCGAAAAGCGGCAACAGACACACGGUCCAAGGUUGCUGACUUGGAGCGAGACAUUACGAUAUUCCGAGCCAAAAUUGCCGAUGCGUCCAGGUUAGCUGGUGUGGAUGGAGACCGAAAAAUGGCGCGGCCGACCGUUGAUGCGGUGACAUCCACGAUAUCCACGAUGACGAACAUGGCGGAACGAAAGAGUGGUGACGUUGAUGUCCUAGAAGCUCAGCUUCGACGAAUGGGGAUUGACGUCUCCGCCUCUCCAGCGCCUGGGAGAAGCAGGGAAGCUUCUCCUUUCCUCACGCCUGCAAAGAAAGCUGCAGCUGGCCGAUUCCCUAUUACCCCUGGUUCUCAGAGUUCUCAGGAUGGCUAUAGCCGCAGUGUGUAUCAGACCCCAGAAUCUGCUGCAGCACAGCGCUUCCGCUCAAGCUUGUUGGGUCGUAGUAGCAGUGUCCAAGGCACUAAUACCCCAGACGUGGUCGUUUCUGAAGACUUAGAAAGCUGGCGGACUAAGACGGCUAGGCGGAAGGAAGUUGUUGGACACUUGCGAUCUUCGUUAAGUAAGCGCAAGGUGAAGAUACGCACUCUUGAUAGCUGA